CAUUCACUCACCCUCCUCCUCCUACUGCCGGAAAGAUUUCUUACUACACCUUUUGUCAUGGUGCUCGCUCCAGCUACCGGAAAAUCCCCAAUUUUAGCUGAAAAUGUGAGAUCUUUAGCGGUUUGUCGCGUUUUUUCACUAUCCGAGAUCCAGUCAGCCACCGCAGAUUUCAGCGACGACCACGUGAUCGGAAAAGGUGGAUUUGGGAAAGUCUACAAAGGCCUCAUUGAUAAUGGGUCACUUUUUGUUGCCAUAAAGCGUGGGUUAGGGAAAGGGCAAGGCCAGACUGAAUUUGCUGCGGAGAUUGAAAUACUAAGUAAGUUUCGACAUCGUAAUCUAGUCUCUCUGAUUGGGUACUGUGAUGAACAGGGAGAGAUGAUUCUUGUUUAUGAUUACAUGUCUAAUGGAACGCUAGCAGAUCACCUCUACAAUAAAACGACACUCUCGUGGAAUGAAUGGCUUAAGAUAUGUAUUGGAGCAGGGCGAGGUUUGGACUAUCUUCACUCGGGUUGCUCCAUCAUACACCGUGAUGUCAAGCCUACAAAUAUCCUUUUGGAUGAAAAUUUCACAGCUAAGGUUUCAGAUUUUGGGUUGGCCAAACAUUUAGGGCAUGAUAUCUUACACAGCCAUGUCUUCACUAAUGUUAAGGGCACAUUUGGGUAUUUAGACCCAACUUAUGUUACCACGAAUGUACUUACAAAGGGAAGUGACACUUAUGCGUUAGGGAUAAUAUUAUUGGAGGUAUUGACUGGGAUAUCAGCGGUUGACACUAAAAUGCUUUCAGAGUAUGGCGUGUGUAUGAGCAUGUGGGCUCAAGAAAAAAUUCAAAAUGGAAAAGCUGAUCAGAUUGUAGCUUCAAAUUUGAAGGGCGAAAUCUCAGAAGAUUGCUUAAAGACAUUUGUUAGAGUUGUUAAAAAAUGUUUGCAUCCUGAUCCCAAGAAACGACUCACAAUGACUCAAGUUGUGGCGCAGCUUGAGUUAGCCAUUGAACAACAGGAGAGGAAAGGGGCAGCAACAAAAAGAUUACAAUUUUGGCCAUUUUGGAAUAGAGAUAUACUGUUUGGAUCAACACCAAAGUCCAUCUCUGCCACUGCCAUGAAAAAAGCCUUUCCACUAGCUGGAUCAACACCAAAUUCUCAAAAUGAGGUUGAAGUUAAUAUGGUGUCAAAUGCCAUCCCUGCCACUACCAUGAGAGAAGCUGAUGUCCCUUUCGUUCUAUUCGGUGAAAUAAAGGACAUCAAUUAUGGUGAUGUUAAUCCCAUGUAUAAUGGAUUCAAAGGUGUCUUGAAAACUGGAGAUGAUGCAACAAUUGAAAUGCUCCACUUCAUGCCAAAGCAUAAAUUUAGACCAAAGUUUUCAAGACCAUUAUCUGAGCUGAGGCAUAGGAACGUGGUCGAACUAGUUGUUUACAAUUUGGAUGGCCGUCAGCAGGUCUUGGCGUAUGAUUUUGCUCCACGAGGGUCCCUACACAACAUUCUCCAUGAACAACAAGGCAUAGGUUCAAACUCAAACCCAUAUCUAACAUGGUCCCAAAGAGUCCAAAUCGCUCUUGGGGUCGCCAGGGGAUUAUGCUACAUUCAUGACCAUGACGAGGAAUUGAUCCAUCAUAACAUCAGAUCCAACAAUAUUUUACUUUGUGAUGAUGACACUGCUAUGAUAAUUGACCCUUUUCUAUGGACUCAAUGCCAAUUUUGUGAGACAAUAUCAUUGAAAGAGUGCCAUCCUAGUCUACCAAUUGCUCACAAUCAGGAAUGUGAUGUUUACAACUUUGGUGAGAUUCUCCUAGAGCUCUUGACAGGUAGUAAAAUGCUCGUUGAUAACACAGGACAAGCAAGACAGCGUCACAUUGUGUCAUUGCUGGACUCAGACGUGGUACACAAGAUUGUGGAUGCUAGAUUAGAGGCAGACUACCCGCUCGAGGCAGUUAAGAAGAUGGCUAAAGUUGCUCAAUUGUGCCUUCGAAAAUAUUCUCGUCCAAAGAUGAGUGCAGUUGUACAAGAUCUUGAGCAGUGCCUUUUGCUAACCAAAUCACACGCUUAGAGCUAACCAACUGAGAUUGUAUCUUAUUGUGCAUGAAAGCAAGAGAUCUGAAGAAAGAUGCCACCCGAAAUGAAAGAAAUUACUUCAUGCAUAAGUGGAGCACGCGUGAUUGGUUUCGGUAGUGUAUGAUUCCGAUUAUGAUAUCUCAUUAUAAUCUUCUUUAUGCUUUCUCAUUUGCCUUUUUUGUGUUGCAUUUCCACUUUGUCCUGCUUUUUGGGGGAAAGUGUGGAUCUUUAUUUGAUAAUUUCGCAA